UGGGGCGCCAUGGAGUUCGGCGGGGCCUCUCCUCCUCCUCUGCGCCCUUUCCCUUGGCCGGAGGGAGGAUUUGGCAUUUGCGCGUCUGCAGGGGAGAGAUCCCCAGUGUCCUUUUGGGAGGUAGCCGUGUUCUUCACGGAGGAGGAAUGGGCUCUGCUGGAUCCAGGCCAAAGAAAACUCUACUGGGAAGUGAUGGAGGAAAAUUACAAUAAUGUAGCCUCUCUUGGUGCAGAUAGAAGAGAGGUGGCAAGUGAGAUGGAACCAGGAAGGGUGAUUAUAGAAAGAGAGGAAGAUCUACAUGUGGAAGAGAAAUCUGGAGAUCAACUGGUACCAAAGAGACAAUGCCGAGGGAAAAUGGAAGCAAAGCAGAAGCAGAGGAAAGAAUUGGUUGCCUGUCAGAGCAGGAAGAUGCAGGAGGCACCAAUCCAAGAUGAACGGCUGACGAGAAAGAGAAGGCAGAAGAGACUUGACAUAGAGGAAAGGUCCAGGUGCAAAUACAAUCUGAAAAAAUAUAAAAAAUAUGCAACCUGCCAGAAAGAAUAUAAAAGUUUUCAGCAUGGACAGGGCUUUCGCUGGAGUAGUGAACUAACGGUACAUCAAAAGGCUCUCACAGGGAAGAAGCCAUAUAAAUGUUUGGAGCGUAGAAAGAGCUUUUCUCAGAAUGGCAGCCUAACUGUACAUCAAAGAAUUCACACAGGGGAGAAGCCAUAUAAAUGCCUGGAGUGUGAAAAGAGCUUUUCUCGCAAUCGCUACCUUAAUGAACAUCAAAGGAUUCACACAGGAGAGAAACCAUAUAAAUGCUUGGAGUGUGGAAAGAGCUUUUCUUGGAAUGGCAGCCUAACUUCGCAUCAAAGAAUUCACACAAGGGAGAAGCCAUAUAAAUGCUUGGAGUGUGGAAAGAGCUUUUCUUGGAAUGGCGGCCUAAUUGUGCAUCAAAGGAUUCACACAGGGGAGAAGCCAUUUAAAUGCUUUGAGUGUGGAAAGAGCUUUUCUCGCAAUGACAGGUUAAUUGUGCAUCAAAGGAUUCACACAGGCGAGAAGCCAUAUAAAUGCUUGGAAUGUGGAAAGAGCUUCUUUGAGAUUCGUAUCCUAACUAAUCAUCAAAGGAUUCAUACAGGGGAGAAGCGGUAUAACUGCUUGGAUUGUGGAAUGAGGUUUUCUCAAAAUGGCCACCUAACUGUGCAUCAAAGGAUUCACACAGGUGAGAAGCCAUAUAAAUGCUUCGAGUGUGGAAAGAGCUUUUCUCGGAAUGGCAGCCUAACUGUACAUCAAAGGAUUCACACAGGUGAGAAGCCAUAUAAAUGCUUGGAAUGUAGCAAGAGCUUCUCUGAGUCUGGUGUCCUAACUGCGCAUCAAAGGAUUCACACAGGGGAGAAGCCAUAUAAAUGCUUGGAGUGUGGAAGGAGCUUUUCUCGGAGUAGCAACCUAACGGUACAUCAAAGGAUUCACACAGGCGAGAAGCCAUAUAAAUGCUUGAAAUGUGGAAAGAGCUUCUUUGAGACUGGUGCCCUAACUAGACAUCAAAGGAUUCACACAGGCGAGAAGCCAUAUAAAUGCUUGGAAUGUGGGAAGAGCUUCUCUGAAAGAUCAAACCUAACUGUACCUCAAAGAAUUCACACAGGGGAGAAGCCAUAUAAAUGCCUGGAGUGUGGAAAGAGCUUUUCUCGCAAUCGCAAACUUGAUGAACAUCAAAGGAUUCACACAGGGGAGAAGCCGUAUAAAUGCUUGGAGUGUGGAAAGAGCUUUUCUCGGAAUGGCAGCCUAACUUCGCAUCAAAGAAUUCACACAAGAGAGAAGCCAUAUAAAUGCUUCGAGUGUGGAAAGAGCUUUUCUUGGAAUGGCGGCCUAAUUGUGCAUCAAAGGAUUCACACAGGGGAGACGCCAUUUAAAUGCUUGGAGUGUGGAAAGAGCUUUUCUCGCAAUCGCAACCUUAAUGAACAUCAAAGGAUUCACACAGGGGAGAAGCCGUAUAAAUGUUUGGAGUGUGGAAAGAGCUUUUCUCGGAAUGGCAGCCUAACUUCGCAUCAAAGAAUUCACACAAGGGAGAAGCCAUAUAAAUGCUUCGAGUGUGGAAAGAGCUUUUCUUGGAAGGGCGGCCUAAUUGUGCAUCAAAGGAUUCACACAGGGGAGAAGCCAUUUAAAUGCUUUGAGUGUGGAAAGAGCUUUUCUCGCAAUGACAGGUUAACUGUUCAUCAAAGGAUUCACACAGGCGAGAAGCCAUAUAAAUGCUUGGAAUGUGGAAAGAGCUUCUUUGAGAUUCGUAUCCUCACUAAUCAUCAAAGGAUUCAUACAGGGGAGAAGCGGUAUAACUGCUUGGAUUGUGGAAUGAGGUUUUCUCAAAAUGGCCACCUAACUGUGCAUCGAAGUAUUCACACAGGGGAGAAGCCAUAUAAAUGCUUCGAGUGUGGAAAGAGCUUUUCUCGGAAUGGCAUCCUAACUGUACAUCAAAGGAUUCACACAGGCGAGAAGCCAUAUAAAUGCUUGGAAUGUGGGAAGAGCUUCUCUGAGUCUGGUGCCCUAACUAGACAUCAAAGGAUUCACACAGGCGAGAAGCCAUAUAAUUGCUUGGAAUGUGGGAAGAGCUUCUCUGAGUCUGGUGUCCUAACUAAACAUCAAAGGAUUCAUACAGGGAAGAAACGGCAUAAAUGCUUGGAGUUUGGAAAGAGGUUUUCUCAAAAUGCCCACCUAACCGCAUCGAAGGAUUCAUACAGGGGAACAAAAAGGGAGUGCCAAAUACAUGGAAAGAAGCUAAUAUUUCACUGAUCCCAAAAGAGGCGCAGGAUUUAACAGGUGUUAAAAAUUAUAGACCUAUAUCUUUGUUAAAUAAUGAUUAUAAGAUUUUUGCUAGAGUUCUGGUAGAAAGAUUGAAGAUAUUUUUGAUGGAUUUUAUUGGAAAAGAACAAGCCGGGUUUUUACCCAGUAGACAAAUGAGGGAUAAUCUGAGUGCUGUUAUGGAUGCUAUAGAACAGUGUUGGCGAACCUUUUUGAGCCUGAGUGCCCAAACUGCAACACAAAACCAACUUAUUUAUUUCAAAGUGCCAACCAUUGCAAUUAAACCUGAAUACUGAGGUUUUAGUUUAGAAAAAACAACUCAUACAGUUGUCCAAACUAAUUAACAUCUCUCUCUUUCUCUCUCUCUCUCACUCACAGCCACAAACGAAAAUAAAGCAAGUUAAAUGAAAGCUGCUUGCCUUUCUUUACACCAGCAGCGUCUUGCAAGCACUCUCUCUCUUACUCACUUAGGAGACACGAAUGGAAGUAAAGCAAGUUAAAUUAAAGCUAUUGUCGAAGGCUUUCAUGGCCGGAGAACGAUGGUUGUUGUUGGUUUUCCGGGCUGUAUUGCC